AUGGGGCGACCUGAGGAGUUAUUCUUGCCCCCCAGAGGCUGGAAUCCAGGAAGAAGGUGUCUAUUUCUAUGUCUGUCUAUCUAUCUAAAUAUGUUUAUCUAUCUAUCUAUCUAUCUAUCUAUCUAUCUAUCUAUCUAUCUAUCUACAAAUAAAUGCAAUAUACAUUAUUUUUUGUUUAUAGCCACUCCCCCAUCACAGCGUGUCCAGUUUUUGCUUGGUGAAGGAGAUGAAGUUGAUGAAGAGCACAGGCCACACGACAUCUUCUGUGAAAUGGCUGAACUUCACUAUGUCGAUGGCGAGAUGGAAUGGAAAGAAAGUGCCAGAUGGAUUAAAUUUGAAGAAGAUGUGGAGGAAGGGGGUGAUCGAUGGUCAAAACCUCAUGUGGCUACCCUAUCUCUUCAUUCAAUAUUUGAAUUGCGUUGUGCCAUCAUGAAUGGAACAUGCAUGUUAGAUAUGGAUACUACAAACAUGCAACAGGUUGCAGAUCUAGCACUGGACAACAUGGUGGCGAAUAAGCAACUUGCUGAAGAAAAUCGAGAUAAAGUGAGGGAAACACUGCUGAGUCGUCAUAGACAUCAACAUGAAAAACGUCAUCGCAAAACUGAAGAAGGAGGAAGUAAACUCCAUCUUCCCAUCAUCCGCUCCUUGGCUGACAUUGGAAAGAAAUAUUCUGAGCCAAAAAACCUCAGCCAAAACGAUGAUAAAACUGGUACAAAAAGCACUCCAAAUUUGGGACUGUCUCGCAAUAACACAUCUGGAGGCAUGUCAUCAAUAUCUCCCACCUGCAGCUCUUUACAGCCUAGUCCAUCCUUCACCAAUGCAGAUUUAACAGAAGUCCCAUCAUCUCAUAAGAUCAACAUCCACUUUAUGAAGAAAAUUCCACAAGGAGCUGAAUCCGCCAAUAUUUUGGUUGGAGAAGUGGACUACUUAAACCACCAAGUUACCGGCUUCAUCCGGUUAAACAAAGCCCUGAUCCUAGGUGAUUUGACAGAGGUUCCUGUGCCAACCAAGUUUAUUUUCUUUCUUUUGGGCCCCCUGGGAAACAGCAACAGAUAUCAUGAGAUUGGUCGUUCCAUUGCUACUCUCAUGUCAGAUGAGGUGUUCCAUGAUGUAGCUUACAAAGCAAGGAAUCGUGAUGAUUUAUUGGCAGGAAUUGAUGAAUUCUUAGACCAAGUCUUCAUUCUACCACCAGGUGAAUGGGACCCCAGCAUUAGAAUUGAGCCCCCAAAAAGUGUACCAUCACAAGAGGGCCGUAAAACCCCAGGAUCUGGUGGUCAUCUUCCUAAUGGAAAAGCUGUUGUAGAAGAAGAUGAAGAUGAACAUAGUGAUGAAACACUGGUGCGAACUGGAAGGUUAUUUGGUGGUUUGAUUUCAGAUAUCAAACGAAAAGCUCCAUUCUACCUAAGUGACAUUACAGAUGCCCUCCAUGUACAGUCUUUGGCAUCUUUUGUUUUCUUAUACUUUGCCUGCCUCACUCCAAUCAUCACAUUUGGUGGUUUGCUUGGAGAUGCAACUGAGCAAAAUAUGGCUGCCUUUGAGAGUAUUCUUGCAGGUGCCAUUUGUGGCAUUGUGUAUUCACUGCUUGCAGGGCAACCCCUUACCAUUCUGGGGAGUACAGGUCCUGUUCUAGUAUUUGAGACGAUUCUCUAUAAUUUCUGUCAUGAGCAAAGCCUGGAUUAUUUGGCCUUUCGGUUGUGGAUUGGGCUCUGGACUGGUUUCAUUUUAAUUAUCAUGGUUGCAUUUGAUCUCAGCGCUCUGGUACGGUACAUCACACGUUUUACUGAGGAGAGUUUUGCAGCUCUUAUCUCUCUGAUUUUUAUCGUUGAGUCUUUGGUGAAGCUUAUCCAUAUCCAUGAUGAAUAUCCAGUUAAGACGGGCCAUUCAAAAGAACUGCCAACCAACUGCACCUGCCUUGAACCCAACAGUUCAGUUGUCACUGCACAACCCAAUACUACCUCAGUUAAUUGGAAUUUUGUCACCAAAUCUAACUGCACGGAUUUAGGGGGUACAUUAAUAGGUGACGGUUGCAAUAUCCAUCCGUACGUUCCUGACGUAUUUUUCUUGUCCAUUAUGCUCUUCACCGGUACUUUCACUAUUGCCAUGGCCCUGAAAGGAAUACGGAAUGCACGCUUUUUCCCUUCUUUGGUGCGUGCAAUAAUUAGCGACUUUGCUGUGAUCAUUGCCAUUGUAUCUAUGGUCACAGUUGAUGCAUUACUUGGUAUUGGAACUCCAAAACUUUUGGUGCCUACAGAAUUUAAGCCUACUUUACCGACACGUAGCUGGGUUGUGAACCCUUUCAGGAAUCCUUGGUGGACAAUCCUUGCUGCCCUUAUUCCAGCCUUACUAUGCACAAUUCUAAUUUUUAUGGAUCAGCAGAUUACUGCUGUCAUUGUAAAUAGAAAAGAAAACAAACUCAAAAAAGGACAUGGCUAUCAUUUGGAUUUGUUUAUUGUGGCCAGCCUGAUUAUGAUUUGUUCGCUACUUGGACUGCCUUGGUUUGUCGCUGCCACAGUCCUCUCGAUCACCCAUGUCAUGAGUUUGAAAAAAGAAUCCCAGUGUACUGCUCCAGGAGAAAGACCCAAAUUUCUGGGGGUUAGGGAGCAGAGAGUAACAGGUACAUUGGUUUUCCUUAUGAUAGGAAUUUCUGUGACUUUAACAUCUGUCCUUAUGAACAUCCCGAUGCCAGUUUUGUAUGGUGUCUUCCUCUAUAUGGGUGUGUCAUCUUUACGGGGUAUGCAGUUAGUGUGCCGUGUGAUGAUUCUGUUCAUGCCUGCCAAAUACCAACCUGACUACAUGUACCUGAGACAUGUUAGAACAACUCGUGUUCAUCUCUUUACUUUAAUCCAAUUAAUUUGUCUUGGAAUCCUUUGGGUGAUUAAGACCAUCAAGAAAAUCUCCAUUGCCUUCCCUCUAAUGGUAUUAGCAAUGUGCUUUGUUCGCAAAGCAAUGGAUUAUAUCUUUACCCAGAGAGAGCUGAAAUGGUUGGAUGAUAUUAUGCCAGAAGCUCAUAAACGAGCCAAGGAAGAUGCAGAAAAACAAAUGCAAGAAGAAGAGAUGAAACUGAUGGAGGGAGUGGACCCGAACCUAAGUAGUAAUGUGAUAGGUAUGCCCUUGGAAGGGAUGACCAUCAGCUCAGAACUGGAUUCUGUGAACAUAACAGAAGAGAUGACCAAGACUGCCAUCUGGAAGACCAUUGUGGCCACAGAUCAGUCAAGCAUUCCUCAAGGUGACCACUCUGAAAAAACACACAAAAGUGACCGUACUGAAAAUGGCAAGAAGAAGGCCAAAAAACACAGUAAGAAAACAAGUCCGACAAAGGCUACAUCCGAUGAUUCUGGCCUACCUCCGAUUCCUGGUAGCCCCGGAACUGAGGAUUCUGGCAACAGUGAUGCAGUCAAGUCACCUAAACGACGUAAUUUACCCGUUAAAUUUUACAUCGACGAUACAGAAGAGAAAGAACAUUUGAUGACGGCUCCCGACAUUGUUGUCGAGCCUCCCAGCGAACGGGGCUCCCCAGAGAAAUGA